AUGACGACAGAUCUCCCGCAAUACUUCUCGCCCAAGCGCAAACGAGAACCUUCCGAGUCCGACUAUUACAGUCCAUCAGCAUCCCCGACAUCAACAAGCUCCAUCGUGAGCCUGCAAGAAACUAGGUUUCGGGAGGAGGAGGUCGGGCGCCACAGCCCUCGAGCCGCAGUGGCGGGUCGAUUUGGGGAACUAGCGAUUCGGGGUGAACGUCUCACAAAUCUGAGGCGCCCAAAUGGAGAUACUUCACUCGAGUCCAGUUCACCACCAGAACAAGGGAUAGGCGCCACGGACAAGCCCAAGACUAUGCCCGGGGCCUGGCCAGCUGACAAUGAGGCGAGUAAGGUGCCUGACUACGAGACGGCACCUGAGCUGUCCACUCCAAAUACAAAUAAAACCCCCACUGCCCCGGCUGUGUCUCCGUCCAAAAGGGAAUUUUUACAGCUGCGCAAGCAGCUUCAACCCAGCUCUCCGUCAAAAAGCCGCAAGCAACGACUCUCGCCCCCUCCUGCCGAGGUUUCCAAGGAAGAUCCGUUCACUUGGCAUGAUCAUGAAAUAACGGGACACGAUCCGACGGAUCCCGCAGACGACGGCUAUGGGAUCAACGGUGUAGGCUUCAGGCCUACUGCGGCGAUUGCGUGGGCACGAUCUCAAAAGCGGCAGAAACAAGUUGCCGAAUGGAAGACCCGUGAAGCACGGGAGGCUCGUGAAAAGCGGAGACAACGACGACAUGAGAGCGAAAGCCUGGACAGAGUCCAUGGUAUUCAACAAAGCUCCAUCCCGAAACGGGUCAAGUUUGAUGUCGAAGCCGAAAUAUUUAGCAGGGAUCUUUCCCCACCAUAG